UGAUUGUUGUAGAAACACGUGACCACCGUUGUUCUCGUACGUGGCUUAUUGGUAAAAGUCGUCGAAUAUCUUGAGAUAAAUCAUGGAUUUUUUUGGAUCAAAUUUUGUUGUCUAUCUAGAGACAUUGAAAUUUAACGACGCUCAAUUGGCCUAUGCAUCGACUGUUCUCAUUUCAAUUGCACCGUUUAUGGUGCUUUUCCUGUUUCCUAUGGAUAAUACGGGUCGUUAUCGAAAUCGAUUACGUUUAGCUUUAAGUUUCGCAUCCGGCGGUUUAUUAGGUGAUGCUUUUCUACAUCUAAUACCACAUUCUAUGAGUGAACAUCAUCAUUCAGAUCAUGGUCAUCACCAUGAUGACCAUACGGAACAUCAUGAUCACGAUCACUCCCAUCAUGACCAUCAUAAUGAGCAUCACUCCCACCAUCAUCAAACGAAAGUGGGUCUGUACAUAAUCGCCGGAAUCAUUAUUUUCUUCAUCAUUGAGAAAUUUGUCCACCUGGUUAAAGGCUCAGAUCAUCAUCAUCAUCAUCAUCAACAACCACAGCAACAGCUUCAAUCACAAUCAUCCUCAAAUAAAAAAAAGAACAAAGCAAAGCCGGUUGUUGAAUCAAAACAUUCAGAUUCUUUAGAUAGCAGCAAAGGUCGUCAUUUGGUUAGCGGCAUACUAAAUCUGAUUGCCGAUUUUCUACACAACUUUACCGAUGGUUUAGCCAUCGGUGCUACUUUUGCAGCCGGCCAUGGACCACAGAUGGGCAUCAUAACUGCCGUAACAAUCUUAUUGCACGAGAUUCCUCAUGAAAUUGGUGAUUACGCUAUUCUCAUUCAAUCGGGUUAUCGUCGACGAUCAGCCAUUCUUUUGCAAUUAGUAACAGCCGUUGGAGCAUUGAUGGGUACUGCCGUUGGUCUUCACUAUGGAACAUUGGAACAUGCUACACAAUUCAUUCUACCAAUAACUGCCGGUGGUUUCAUCUACAUUGCUACUGUAUCAGUGAUACCGGAAUUAUUGGAAACAAAAGCAUCCAGCCAUGGACAAUCGAUUACAGAAAUAUCUGCAUUAUUAGUUGGUGUUGCUAUGAUGUAUGGUAUCGCAUUGAAUGAAUGAUUGAUUGAAUAGAUGUACAGAUCAAGCUCCAGAACAUCGAUCUUUUUUUAAAAUUAAAUUCUUUGUUUUUUCUUUA